AUGCACAUAAAAGAGAUAUGUUUGGAAGGUUUCAAAUCAUACGCAACGAGGACGGUGGUGUCUGGUUUCGAUCCGCAUUUCAACGCGAUAACUGGUUUGAAUGGAUCUGGUAAAUCCAACAUCCUCGAUUCAAUCUGUUUCGUUCUUGGUAUCACCAAUCUUCAACAAGUUCGAGCUGCUAAUCUCCAAGAGCUUGUUUACAAGCAAGGACAAGCUGGGAUUACUAAAGCUACUGUUUCGGUUACCUUUGACAAUUCCGAGAGACACAGAAGCCCUCUCGGUUACGAGGAGCAUCCGGAGAUUACUGUGACUAGACAAAUUGUAGUUGGUGGUCGAAACAAGUAUUUGAUAAAUGGGAAGCUUGCACAACCAAGUCAAGUCCAGAAUCUUUUCCACUCAGUGCAGCUUAAUGUCAACAAUCCACACUUUCUCAUCAUGCAAGGGAGAAUCACCAAAGUCUUGAACAUGAAACCUCCCGAGAUUCUAUCCAUGCUUGAGGAAGCUGCUGGAACAAGAAUGUAUGAAAACAAGAAAGAAGCUGCAUUGAAAACGCUUGAGAAAAAGCAAACAAAAGUUGAUGAGAUAAACAAGCUUUUAGAUCAUGAGAUAUUGCCGGCUUUAGAGAAACUGAGGAAAGAAAAAGCGCAGUAUAUGCAGUGGGCUAAUGGUAAUGCAGAAUUGGAUCGACUAAAGAGGUUCUGRAUUGCRUURGAGUAUGUUCAAGCAGAGAAGAUCAGAGACAAUGCUYUUCAUGGGGUUGAAGAAAUAAAGGCSAAACUCACUAAUAUUGACGAGGAAGKAGAGAAGACACAAGUAGAAGUACAGGAAAUUGAGAAACAAAUAAAAGCUCUGACUCGGGCAAAGGAAGCCAGCAUGGGGGGAGAAGUAAAAACUCUGUCAGAGAAAGUGGAUUCACUGUCUCAAGAAAUGACACGUGAAUCAUCAAAACUUAGCAAUAAGGAGGACACUCUUGUGGGAGAAAAAGAGAAUGCUGAAAAGAUUGUUUAUAAUAUAGAAGAUCUGAAGAAAUUGGUAAAAGAGAGAGCCUCUGCUGUGAAGAAGUCUGAGGAAGGAGCGGCAGACCUAAAACGAAGAUUCCAGGAACUCUCCACCACAUUGGAAGAGUGUGAAAAGGAGCACCAGCUGGUAAGAGUAGUGGAGAUGAAGAGAAAUGCUUAG